UGGAGUCCUCUGUUGGCGAGCCCCAAAAUCAUGUAAUUGACUUGCGACCGAGUGGCUGAGCUUCAAUCCCCAAAUGAAGUGAAAAUCUGGGCACUUGGUAGCCAUUUUAUCGUUUGAUCAGUGGUUUUUCGACGAAUUAUCACAGUGUAUUUACUUUUUGUGUUGCACCUUUAUCUGUCUAAUCAGCGGCUGUGACUCAAUAGUGCGUCUUUAAUAUCGUAGAGAUAAAGAAACUCCAAACAGAAUGCGUGUGUACGAAUUGUGUUGACACAGGACAAAUCGCGACAUCCGCUCUUGCAUCCGAGAUCAUCCUUGGUGCUUCAGGCGGGGUGUAGAAAUCAACUCGAAGCCCUGGAAGGUUUAAAAGUCCAAACCAUGGGCAACAAUGCCGCAACGGCAAACAAAAAGGUCGACUCUGCCGAGAGUGUGAAGGAAUUCCUCGACCAGGCGAAGGAGGAUUUCGAGGAGAAAUGGAAGAAAAACCCAACAAACACCGCCUGUCUGGACGAUUUCGAGCGCAUCAAGACCCUCGGCACGGGCUCUUUCGGGCGCGUCAUGAUCGUACAGCAUAAACCCACGAAGGAGUAUUACGCCAUGAAAAUCCUCGACAAACAGAAAGUGGUCAAACUGAAACAGGUGGAGCACACCCUCAACGAGAAACGCAUUCUGCAGGCCAUCAGUUUUCCAUUUCUCGUCAGUCUGCGGUUUCACUUCAAAGACAAUUCUAACCUGUACAUGGUGCUGGAGUAUGUGCCCGGAGGUGAGAUGUUUUCGCAUCUCAGGAAAGUCGGACGCUUCUCCGAGCCACAUUCGAGAUUUUACGCUGCCCAAAUUGUGCUUGCAUUCGAAUACUUGCACUACCUAGAUCUGAUUUACAGAGAUCUGAAACCGGAGAAUCUUCUAAUCGACUCGCAGGGCUACCUCAAGGUCACUGAUUUCGGCUUCGCGAAGCGCGUCAAGGGCCGCACUUGGACCCUGUGCGGCACGCCGGAGUAUCUCGCCCCCGAGAUCAUCCUCAGCAAGGGCUACAACAAGGCGGUGGACUGGUGGGCGCUCGGUGUGUUGGUGUAUGAAAUGGCGGCUGGAUAUCCUCCCUUUUUCGCCGAUCAACCCAUCCAGAUUUACGAGAAAAUUGUCUCGGGGAAAGUACGUUUUCCUUCACAUUUCGGUUCCGACCUCAAGGAUCUGCUUCGUAACCUACUCCAAGUGGACCUUACUAAGCGUUACGGGAAUUUGAAAGCCGGCGUUAACGACAUCAAAGGGCACAAGUGGUUUGCGUCGACUGAUUGGAUCGCGAUUUUUCAGAAGAAGAUUGAGGCUCCCUUCAUACCCAGGUGCAAGGGACCGGGAGAUACAAGUAAUUUCGACGAUUACGAGGAGGAAGCGUUGCGUAUCUCUUCGACGGAGAAGUGCGCCAAGGAAUUCGCGGAGUUCUGAAUUUUUUUAUGUCAAGAGAUUUGGGGAAAAUCCGGGAUUCAGGACACAGAACACAUUCAGUGAGUGUUCUUGAAACGUGUAGUUUCGUCAGAAUUCUCUCCAUCUUAAUAAUAUUUAUUUUUGUGUUAAGUGAAGUGUUGGUUCUUUUCUGUAUUUUCUUCCAUUUUGAUCAUUAAUUAAUUGUGGGCAACAUGUGGUAGAAUGAGGAAAAAUAAUUUUUAUUGUGAUAAUUUAGUUGGAGAAAAACACCAAAUUUACCCUGUAAAUAUCCUAAUGGUAUCAAGUAAUUAUUUUUUGAACAUUUCAAAGUGAUUGGCGCUGGUAUUCCGGGUGUGAAUUUUUCGAGAAUUAGGGCGACAACUGCUAUGGUUCACGCUACAUUGAUUAAAGCGCACUAAUUCUUUAUAAAUGUGCACCUCGUUGGAAACUAAGACCACGUCGAUAAACCAGUUUGCCAUAUUUUGUGAAUUGAAUUAUUUUUAGUUUGUAUAAUAUAGUAUUGCGUAACAUUGAUUGUUAUUUUAUUUAUAUUGGAAGUGGUCGUAUGGAUAUUAGGAAGUUUCGUGUUUCAUUGUCGCCCAUGUUUUGAGAGAUUUGUAUGUACUUUUAGUGUAGUUUAUUUUUACGUUACCUACCUGUGUUUUUUGGUGCUUUGCGAAAAUAGCUUUAUUUCUUUAAUGAGAUGUUGAACACAUAAUAAAUAGGUACAGUGUUAAGAAUAUGUUUGACCAUACUUCAUAGUGUCUGCAUCUCCUGAUAUAGACAUUUUUCCUUACCUAGCGAUUCGACCUUAAGACAAUGCAGCGUUUUAUAAAACGGGUAGGCGACAUUUGUCACUCUGAAAAUAGCUUCUGUUUAUAAAAACAGACAUGUAUCUUACAUAGUAAUGACUAUUUUAGUUACAUUGUGAUUAGGGACAUCAAGAAGUGAUGCAAGGUCAAUUUUACUUUUACCGAUAAGGCAUUUGCAGGGGUCGAAUCGGUAUAUGCGUUAGCUACACAAAUGACAGUGGCUGGAUUGAGCAAAAGAUUGACAAAAUUAAUAUUUAGUCUCAUAUAACACACCCUUCGAAUAUCUGUAAUGUAGGAAAAAUAACUAGUUUUCGGUAAAAAUAUUUAUUUCCAUGUAUUGGGUUGUUGCUGAUUAACGGGCUAUGAAGGAUUUUCAUCAACUUUAAAGGUUUGAUAAUAGAGUUGAUAAUUUGAUGAUUGCGACAUUUAUAACCGGAUUAGCUUAGGGAUCUGUUAAAAAAAAUCAUGGAAAUGUUUGCAUUCAUUUUCUGGCAUUUUACAGACUAUAGUUUUAUUUUUUGAGAUUAAAGGAAUUUGUGUCAUCUGUUGCUCGUUCGUCCAUCAAGUACCACUCGAUAUUUUCGAAAGCGCGUCUCUGAUCGUUUUGCAAAUGUUGUAAAUAUAUUUCAUAAAAGUCUUAAUUCGCGGCUUCGUUUCGACGUGCGAAAACAGUGUGAAUGGAAAGAAAGUUUGCUGCGAAACCGAUCCUUGUUCCUUUCCAUUGUACAUCAUGUAAUCGUUAGAAUCCGACUGCAAGUGCUUCUAGAGUAUGUAAAUGUAUGUAUUUCAUCAACACUGUCACUCCAUCGAUUCACACACACAUACACUUUAUGGUUAUUAAUAUUAUUAUAAUUGAUAAGUAAUUGUGCUUUACAAAUCCCGUUGUGUCCAAAAAGCGCUGAUCGGUCUUAGUAGAUAGCCUUUAUAGGAAUUGGAAACACAUGUGUACAUUUUAUCGUAGAUAUAGGCCUUACUUUUGGGGUUCGUGUAGCGAGGGUGUAUUCCAUUUGCGAUAGCAUACAUGGACGCACCGGACAAUAUUCUAAAACACAUCAUUUUUAUCGUUUGUAUUUGUUUCUUCGUUAUCAAACGUGGGCGUUACUCGAACCUCAUACAGGACGUUGCAGUCGAUCAGUAAGUACGUUAUUAAUGUAUUCAAAAAUUGAAAUGUUUUGCAGAGGAUGUGUAUUUUUAUGUUUGUUGUAUCAUGUUGAGUUUACCUGUAUAGAUUUUUGUCCUAUAACUAAUGCUACCUAUGAAAUAUUGUCAUUUAGCGCGCUGUUCUUUAAAAACCAGUUUUAAAAUGUUGUUUUGAACAAAUUAAGGAAUAAAACAAAGACUCCUA